AUGAUCAUAGCUAGAGAUGGAUUUGAUAACCCUGAAGUAAAAGCAUUUUUUAAAUUUCUUCAUCCCUUAGUUAAACUACCUUCACAAAAAGAUCUUGGUGGUCGAAUUCUGGAAGAAUCAGCACAAAAAAUAAAUAUUUUCAUUCAAGAAGUAGCUCAAAAAGAUACAAAUAGUAUUACAUUAGCAUAUGACAAUUGGAAAAACAUAAAAAAAGAAUCAAUUUUUGGAAGCAUUUUAAUUACUUCAAUGGGUAAGGUCCUUAUUUGGAAUGCGAAAGAUAUAUUGAAUAAACAUACAAGGUGGUUUGAUGUACAGCAUAAGACAGAGGAUAUGCUUAAUAAUUUAAAUAAAGAAGAGAUUAAAGUUAAUGCUGUUGUCACAGAUUGCGCAUCUCAAUAUGAAGUAGCAAGGCAAUAUUAUAUACAAGUAAACUAA